AGUGCGAGACUAGAGAUCCGUCGAGCUUGUCUGUCCCUGGUCAAACCGGUCGCUUCACUGCGAAUCGCGCGAGAUGAGUCACGGAGUCACGAAUACCAGAAGAAAGGAGACGAGCAAAAAGAGUGGGGGAAACAACAGCCAUAGAGCCUCGUACGUUGGCCGCAAGAGGCGCCGGAAAAUUUGGCGCUAUUUUUUUGUUUACACCAAUACAAAUUACAACCGCUACAACAUUCAUAACUCUGUUUGAUAUUUAUUAUUUAUAUUCGAAUUUAAUUUUAAUCUAUUUAUUUUCUUUGAAACAAAGCUCCGACUGUUGAUUUUUUUUUCUGAAAACUAAAUUAUUAGAUAUAUAGUUCAAGUACAGAAAAAUGAUUUCACAUUAUUAGCUUCAGAAAGUAUACGCAUCAUAAUUAUAGUGAUUAUUCACCCUCUUACAUCGAAAUUCAUUGUGUUACGUGCAUGUUGCACUGCAAUACUUGUAACACCCUGUCGUCAGUCGAUAUUCUUGUUUUGACUGUGAGAAUCACUUAGUAACCAGGAUAGCGACGCAGUCAAAGUGCAAACAUGGCAGAUUCGCUGAAAAAGCAUGGCCUUUUUCUUGAUGAUUUAGCAAAAAUUCGCGUUCUCGAGCCUGAGGUUGCCUCGCAAACUGAUAAAUUGAGGGAGGAAUGCCAAAAUUUUGUCACUAGAAUCGGAGAUUUUCAUAAAGCCGCUGAAGAGUUUAUUAAAAUAAUGAGUCAUUUGGCAGAUCGAGUGGAACAAGAAAAAAUGCGUGCAAUCGGGAUGCGUAAUUUGUUACAUUCACUUACAAAAGAACACGAUGCUGAAAAGCAGCAAUUGGAGGCACUAGUAUUAGAAAAGCAAAUGGAACUAGAAAGAUUGCGAGUUGAAUAUGAAUCAUUGAAAAAAAUUGAACAAGAGCAAUUGGAAACUAUUGAACACUUGUCAUCAAAUUGAUUUUUGCCAGAUAUUCAAUUAUUUACAAACUAUUAUCAGAAUCAUUCCUUAAUAAACACAUUUCUCAUUAACGAAUUGAGGUUUUUUUUUAUAUUUAUACUCUAUCAAUGGAUUUUAUAUAACUCAGAUAGGUUCAACUUUUAUAAAUCUAUACUUAUAAUGCUACAUAAUAUUUGACUUACUUAUUCAGAAAUUCAAUAAAAUUUUAGUGUGCAAACUGUUUAGAAUCGAACAAAAAAAUGAUACAAAUUUUAUUCUUUAAAGUUGUUAUUAUUAUUUGGUCUAUUUUGAUAAAUUGUAGGUGUACAUACAUACAUAUACAAUAAUUUUUCGAUGUUUAGUCAGAUUUAUUUCUUUUGAUAAAAUGACAAAGGCCCUUGCAUAAGGAGAGAAAUUUAAAUUAAAUAACCCUGAAGAAGGAAGGCACAUUAGUAGAAUCUUUAAUUAUCCCCCUUUUUAUUACAAUAUUCUCUUAUAGGAUUGAAAAUAAAUGCAAAUGCACUUGCUUUUUUUAAUGCAGGGUACGUUAUAUAUAAUGCCUAUAUCAUAGUAAGAAUGUUUGCUUAGCCAAGUGAUUAUAAUUUUUUAAACAGUAAAUCGCUUCGUGUUUCUUAACGUUAUUUCACAUAAAUUAUAAAAAACUUGUUCUCAAGGUUUUUCAAAAGCCAUGACUAAUUUUUAUAUUUGAAGUGUUUAAAUUAAGAAGUUGUACAUAAAGUAGCUCAAACCAUAUUUUUAUUAAAUAUUUACAAACAAACUUGAGAAAUUGAAGAA